CAAGGAGAAACAAACAACUCUGUUCGGUUUGUGGAAAUAUGAUGCUGUUCAGAACAAAUGAUGGAUGCCCUAGACUCCUUUGAUCCUUACAGCCGACCAGCGCGCAGGACGCAAUGGAUCGUCAGCACUCUGGCUUACCAUUACGGACUGGACCGGGGGGUGGAAAACGAAAUUAUAGUUUUGGCCACCGGACUGGACCAAUAUCUGCAGGAGAUUUUCCACCAUAUGGACUAUCAAGGAGGAGGCAAAAUCCCCGUGGACGACUUCAACAUCUUGUGUGAAGUUCUGGGGCUGAACAAAGAGUCGGAGGACACGGAAUGCACCGGCGUGCUGGAAAACUUACCCAGCGAGCUCAGCUUCAGACACUUCCACGCCAAACUGUGCGGGUACUUCAGCACCAAAGCCGGGUGCCAGUAUGAGAACGGCCGGCUGCUGGUCGGGAAGGACAGCGAGCACAUAGAGACUCAGAUCCGCCUGAGGAGCCCCUUGAAGCGGCGAGAGAAGCUGCUGUCCGUGGGAGCGAGCGGCGGCUCCUCUCCGUCUCCGGAGGGACGGCACGCCUCCGGCUGCAGGCACGGCUCCUGCACCAGGGAGUGCUACGAGGAGAUCGUGGCCCUGGAGGAAGCGGAGGACCGGAUAACCAAGCUGGAAGAUGAGAACGCAAGUUUGAGGGAGCUGAUUGAGGACAUGCGAGCCGCGCUCCAGAGCAGCGACGCCCGCUGCUUGGCUUUGCAGGUUGGACUGUGGAAGAGCCAUUCCAAACAUAAACCAGAAGAAGGCUGUUUUGUCGCCCGCCAGAAACAAGCCGCCCAGAAAAGUGCGGCCACCAGCAACCUGAAGAGCCUGCAGAACAUUAUCCACGAGAUAGAACUGUUGCGUAGCUCUAAGGACCGCCAGGUGGAGGAGGCCAUGCUGUGUAAUCAGAGACUGGAGCAGGAACUGUGGAGCUCUAAAGAGGCCGUGACCGCUCUGGAGGACUGCAACCGGGUCCUGAAGAAGGAGCAGGUGGUGAUGAGGAGAAGGGUGGAGGAGGCCCGGCAGGCGCUGCUCAGCGGUCUGGGUAAAGUGAAGGAACUGGAAGCCAAGGCCAGACACGUGCCAGCACUGCAGAGACACGUCCUCCAGCUGGAAUCAGAGCUCCUCUACUACAGGUCAGAAGUGUCAAAACUACGACUCCCAGGCAGCGCCGGGACGGAGCAGCAGAUGAGCGUCAGCGGCCGGCCGGGCCAGAGGUGCUGCUUGGACACUCAGCACGACCGCUGUUCCCCGACAGGACGCGCGGUGACAACCCCGGACAAGAUGGAGGAGCAGCUGUUUCGCUCAGUGGAGGGCCAGGCCGCCUCGGACGAAGAAGAGGACAAGUGGACGGGGGAUCAACAGAAGCAGGUGGACGAGGUGAAGAGGAUCUUGACCAGACUGUCGUGUUGUGGGGAAAGGUGUGACGACAGGGCAUUCAAGAAGCUCAUGUCUCACUUCGGGAGCUCGAGGAGCGAGGAGAGCUGCAGCGCCGUGCUGGAGCUCCUGGAGAGAGUGACCAGGCUGCACAAGCAGCUGGAGCUGAAGGAGAGCCAAGCAGAGAUAGACAUGGACCAGAUGAAGGACUCCCUAAUGCAGGAGCUGCAGCAGAAGGCCGAGGAGACGGAGCUGCUCCAGCUGGAGCUGCAGAUGCUGGAGACGGAGAGGGUUCGCCUGUCGCUGGUGGAGGAGAAGCUCGUGGACAUCCUGCAGCUCCUCCAGCAGCUCAGAGACCUGAACGUCUCUCGGAGGUCUCUCGGGAAAAUCUUGCUCAGCACUUUGGAGUCUUGCAGCGACCCACAGCACGGCAAGGCCCACAUUCUGGAGGUGCUCAACGCGCUCUAUCACGAACUGGCUGCUUGUGAGAUACUGUCUGCUGGUGGACCUUUGGAGAGGACACAGAGUCAGCAGUCCCUCAAUGCCCUAAUCAUCUCCUGCUAAACCAGACUGCCUCCUGACGCAUUGUUCCCGUGUCAGGAAAACCCAACAGUUGUCCAAAAUCAAGCUAAUUGAUGUGUAUAGUGUAUCAUAUUGUAUCUUAUAUCCUCCUCCUAACCUAUUAUCUGUUAAAGGAUGUUAGUCUCGAGUUAUUGUAGAGCGUUAUUAAAUACAAAUGAAGUUUUUUAGUCAUAUAUAUUUUGUUGCACAAACAUUUUGAUGGAUUCCUUUUUACAUAUUUUUUUGUUGUUUUUUUCACAAAAGCUAAUGUGAAAAAUGUUGAAAUAAGCUCAAUUGUAAAGUGCUCUGUGAAAUGUAUAGACAUCUCUCAGCAGGUGAACAACACUCCUGGAUUAUUGGAACCGAAAGAAACCCACAUCUCAGUCUACGAGCCUGCGUUUCAGAUGGAAAGGCUACGUUAGACCAGUUCUGCCGGAGGCCACAUUUGGUGUGUACCUUCGGUUCACGGUUCUUUCCGGUGGUCCUCGUUAACUGGAAGUAUCAUGCGACCAUCAACAGAUUUAUAUAUGCUCUAUCUGGCUGAGGUGUUAAUUUGUCGCUGUCUAAUGCAUCACAUGAACUGAACCAAUAAAAAAAAAGCCACUGCAAAUUUGUAAAUACUGAAAGUAAA